CCCCCGGCGCUCGCGGGCGCUAUAAGAAGGCGGCCCCGAGCCGGGCGAGCUCUUACCGAGACCUGCGGGGGGAGCGAGAUGGUCAGCCCCCGAGCCGCAGCCGCAAGAUGCUGGCUGGACAAGUCCUGGUGGGCUGGCUCUCUUCCUCCUCCUUCGCGCUGAUGGUGCUGUUCGGCUCCCUCCGCCCCUCGGCCGCCUACUUCGGGCUGACAGGCAGUGAGCCCCUGACCAUCCUCCCACUGACGACAGAAAUGGAGGAGGCUGCCACAAAGGCCCACUACAAAGUGUGUGACCGGCUCAAGCUGGAGAAGAAGCAGAGACGCAUGUGCCGGCGGGAUCCGGGUGUGGCCGAGACACUUAUGGAGGCCAUCAGCAUGAGUGCCCUGGAGUGCCAGUACCAGUUCCGAUUUGAGCGCUGGAACUGUACUCUGGAGGGUCGAUAUCGGGCCAGCCUGCUGAAGAGAGGCUUCAAGGAGACUGCCUUUCUCUAUGCCAUUUCCUCAGCCGGCCUGACCCACGCCCUGGCUAAAGCAUGCAGCGCUGGGCGCCUGGAGCGCUGCACCUGCGACGAGGCGCCGGACCUGGAGAACCGGGAGGCCUGGCAGUGGGGGGGUUGCGGGGACAACCUCAAGUACAGCAACAAGUUUGUCAAAGAGUUCCUGGGGAAGAAGUCCAGCAAGGACCUGCGUGCCCGUGUGGACUUCCACAACAAUUUGGUGGGGAUGAAGGUGAUCAAGGCUGGUGUGGAGACCACCUGCAAAUGUCACGGGGUCUCCGGCUCGUGCACCGUCCGCACCUGCUGGCGCCAGCUCUCACCAUUCCACGAGGUGGGCAAACAGCUGAAGCAGAAAUACGAGGCCUCCCUCAAGGUAGGGAGCACCACCAAUGAGGCGACAGGUGAGGCUGGAGACAUCCCGCCUCCGCGAAGGGCCCUGGGUUCUUCCGGGCCCGGCAGCGACCCUCUCCCGCGCACGCCAGACCUGGUGCACUUGGAUGACUCCCCCAGCUUCUGCCUGGCGAGCCGGUUCUCCCCGGGCACAGCUGGCCGGAAGUGCUACAAGGACAAGAACUGUGAGAGCAUGUGCUGUGGGCGUGGGCACAACACGCAGAGCCGGGUGGUGACUCGGCCCUGCCAGUGCCAGGUCCGCUGGUGCUGCUACGUGGAGUGCAAACAGUGCACCCAGAGAGAGGAAGUCUACACCUGCAAAGACUGACCGCCUGCCGGGCCAGCCGUCUGCCCGGGUGGGAGAAGACAAGACUCCGCUCUGCCUCUGGCCUCGAGACCGACACGCAGGGUUUGACAGGGGCGGUUCUUAGAUUCAGAAGGCAAUGUUGAUGAUGUAAGCACUUUUGUGUGUGUGUGUGUGAGUGCGUGCGCGUGUGUGUGGUUGUGUGUGCCUGUGCGCGCGCAGAGGGCUGGUGGGGUUACCCAGCUGUACUGAUCUUCAAGCCCUUCCCUCUCUUCCUUCCCUCCCAUCCACACCACCCUUAGACUCUGGGACCCCAGCUGCCAACCCAGUCUGAACUGUUCUAACAAGUGUCUCUGUCCACUCCCUCCCCAAUUCCAUGUAUUUUUCUCCCACUUCUUUACUUGCUGACUAUCCCCCCAAACCGAGGUAAGAAGUCCAGGACGUUAAGUGGGACUCCUUCCAUUCCUGCACUCUCUUCUCCAAGUCUGGCUUUGGUCAGGGCUGAGGGAACAGAGAGAGUAAGAGGAGGGAGUCUGCUAGGUCUCUCUCUCUCUCUCUCUCUCUCUCUCUCUCUCUCUCUCU